AUGGAUGCAAAUGUUGUUCUCUUCAUCUCACUCAACUGUUUUGAUCAAUGGCUGCCCGGGGAAUUGGAUUACCUGCAAGAGAGGUUUGAGACAGGGGAUGCUCUUUCACCGUAUCUGUUCGUGUUGGUAGCUGAUGUUCUUCAACGACUCAUUAAGCAUUCCAACAUCAGACACCCUACUGUAGAUGGCCCCUGCCCAGUGUUGCAGUACGCCGAUGACACCCUCCUACUGGUGCGAGUGGAAAUAGUAGACAUCCGGAGACUCAAAGUUACUUUGGAUAGCUUUGCCAUGGCCAUCGGGUCUCAAGAUCAAUUACUCCAAGAGCACGCUUGUGCCUAUGCACGCAUCAAGAAGACCGCUUGGAACGGAUCGUCCCUCCUCCAAAGCCCGACAAAGCAAGCUUUCCUCAGGAUUUUCCAGGACUGGGAGGCCAAUCUACAAUAUUUUGUGGAAUUUUGGAUAAUACUAUUCAGUGCCGGGGACUUCCUUAUCGCUCGUAUUCCUGCACUACUAGUAGUACUAAUAGUAUCGCUAUGGCCAUUGACGGCCCUGUUUUUGUGCGUCUGGCUGUUCUACGUGCUCGGGCCAUUGGCCUGUGCAGGGAUCUCGUCAUGGCGCAUAGCGAAGCUGAAUCACGGUUAUCACAUGGAUGGGACUGACAGCAUGGCAGACAUGAUGGCAACACUGAACAUAUUCUAUUCACUUAUUAUUUUCCAAGGCGCCAUGUUCUUGGUAUUGCUACUACCUAUGUACAUCUACGAGGCAAAUGUGGUCAGACGCCUCCAAUCACUGGAGCAACUGUCAGAGAAGUGGGGCGAGGAUGCCAUCGGCAGGUACAUUUCUGAUAUCAGCGCGAAAUGCAGGAAGGAUCCUCUAUCCAUCAAGGGCAUGGACCUGAUCAAGUACGGCGCUGAGUUGCUGGAUUCUGAAUCCCAGGAGGACUACCUGUAUGGUGCAAGGCUACUCAGCGCCUUCGUUAACAAGGGGGAAGAUGUGAGCUGGGUGCUGCUUCCCUCGAGACACAGGAUUCAGAGACUGAUAGACUCACUUAUGAUAAGCAGCAGCAGCAGCCGCCGCCGCCUAGAUGAAGCCUGUGUUCAAUUCUGCCGCGGUAGAUGCUAUGCAGUGACCGGCAGCCUAGAAGAUAAAAAGGAGAUUAGAGAGCUCGCGGCGACGAUCGUAGCCGAUGUUGCUGCCCACAUAGAUGAUCUAUCCAAUUACCCUGGGGCCAUGCGGUGCAUAUCCUCCCUGUUCCAAGACCCUGUCCCUGAUGACCCGCCCCUGCAUCAGCAAGACGAAGACAUAGGACCAGACUGGCUGGAGCGCAGGAAACUGAUGAUGGACCAGCAGAGAAUGGCGAUAAGAGAAUACCGUCAUCGGAACAAGAGGGAAGGAGGUAGAAGCAACCAGCUGGUUCAGCAAGGCUUGACCAUCCUCGAGAGGCUGGCGUCCAACAACGACGACAACCGCAGGAUCAUAUGCAGCACUCCCGGCCUCCUUCCCAAGAUCACGGCACCCGUCUACUCAGCGACCUUAAUUGAAGCUGUCAAAAAUAAGGCAUGGGCUGACAUUGUAACCAGAUGCCUCAAGGUGCUGUACCAGCUCAUCCGCGCUCCAGACGGCAGCCAUGAAAUCUUCUCAAAUAAUGUUCAGGCACUGAGCAACCUAAAGAGCAUUCUUGAACUGGGAAACAAUGAAGCUCAUCACCAAGAACUGAAGCUGGUAGCCAUGGAGAUCCUCACAGAACUGGCACUGGAUUUGUCUAUCAACCUCACCGAGGAAAUAAAAGAGGUGCUCGUCACAAAGCAGCUGCAGCUCUUCUUCCUUGCUAAUGGAGAUGGUGCCGCCAUGGCUGGGAGGACACUGGUAUCCCUGUCAGCUAACAGGGAAAGUAACUCUGCCCUCAUCAUGACCACACAAGACGGCAUUAUUGGUUGUCUCACUGGAAUACUUGAUGGAUACAACAUCACACGGAGAACAAUAGCAGCAGAGAUAAUGGCGAACCUGUAUGCUCACUGUAAUGUGGACAGUACUAUGAAGGAAAUACUGCCAAAGGUCCUCGGAAAAGUAAUGUCAAUUAAAACAAAAUCGCAACAAAGAAAAAUUUCAGCGGGCGAGAACAAUCCUGCUGCAUUAGGAGACGAGGAGAACCAGGGAAAUUCUGUAUCCACAAAUAAUGAAGAAAGGCAAAGCAUUUCUACAGACGGCGACCACACAGAAACAGAGGAAAUUUCUGAUCAAGAAAGAGAGGAGCAAGGAGCGUUUUUGUCCCUUGCACAGGUCAUAUGUGAUAAGCUGGACAGCGCAGAUUUGGAUGGUGCAAUUCAGAUUGCCGUUCAGAAUGAGAACAAUGCAGGAAGUGAGGAGCAACGACGUGAAGCAUUCGUGGAAAAGCUCAAGACCGUAAUAGACGACAACCGUCAUGCAACAGCAGAUUGUCUGAGAAUUGUGAAGCUUUGCGGUCAGAUUGCUAAAUCAGUGAUGCUGUGCGAACAGUAUGUGGAAAUCUUCAGAAACAAGGGAUUUAAGAGUUCACUUUCGGAAGCUUCGAAAACCAUGUCUGAACUUGAAAGCUGCAUGCUCUUCGCUGGGACUGAUUUCGGGCUCAGGAAGACCGUCAAGCCCCUCUUUUUUGAAAUUGAGAAGACUUGGUCAGAGAUGUAG